GGGAUGGCUGCGGCCACAGCUCCAAAGCAAGCCUGGCCCCCGUGGCCCCCCCUCCUUUUCCUGCUCCUCCUGCCUGGAGGGAGCAGUGGUGGCUGCCCUGCUGUGUGCGACUGCACCUCUCAGCCCCGGGCAGUGCUCUGCGCACACCGGCGACUGGAGGCUGUACCUGGGGGACUCCCGCUAGAUACUGAACUCCUGGACCUGAGUGGGAAUCGCCUGUGGGGGCUUCAGCGGGGAAUGCUCUCCCGCCUGGGUCUGCUCCAGGAACUGGAUCUCAGCUACAACCAGCUGUCCAUCCUUGAGCCUGGGGCCUUCCAUGGCCUACGAAACCUACUCACCCUGAGGCUGCAGGGCAAUCGGCUGCGAAUCAUGGGGCCAGGGGUCUUCUCGGGCCUGUCUGCCCUGCUGCUGCUGGACCUCCGCCUCAACCAGAUUGUCCUCUUCCUCGAUGGAGCUUUUGGGGAGCUGGGCAGCCUGCAGCAGCUGGAAACUGGGGACAACCACCUGGUGUUUGUGGCUCCAGGAGCCUUUGCGGGGCUGGCCAAGCUGAGCACCCUCACUCUGGAGCGCUGCAACCUCAGCACGGUGCCUGGCCCGGCCCUGGCCCGUCUCCCAGCACUGGUCGCCCUAAGACUUCGAGAACUGGAUAUUGGGAGGCUGCCGGCAGGGGCGCUACAGGGGCUGGGGCAGCUAAAGGAGCUGGAGAUCCACCACUGGCCGUCUCUGGAGUCCCUGGAGCCUGGGAGCCUGGUUGGGCUCAACCUCAGCAGCCUGGCCAUCACCCGCUGCAAUCUGAGCUCAGUGCCCUUUCAAGCACUGCACCACCUGAGCUUCCUCAGGGUCCUGGAUCUAUCUCAGAACCCCAUUUCAUCCAUCCCAGCCCGAAGGCUCAGUCCCCUGGUGAGGCUCCAGGAGCUACGACUGUCGGGGGCGUGCCUCACCUCCAUCGCUGCCCACGCCUUCCAUGGCUUGACUGCCUUCCACCUCCUGGACGUGGCGGAUAACGCCCUUCAGACACUAGAGGAAACAGCCUUCCCUUCUCCAGACAAACUGGUCACCCUGAGGCUGUCUGGCAACCCCCUGACCUGUGACUGCCGCCUCCUCUGGCUGCUCCGGCUCCGCCGCCGCCUAGACUUUGGCACGUCCCCCCCUGCCUGUGCUGGCCCACAGCAUGUCCAGGGGAAGAGCCUGAGGGACUUUGCAGACAUCUUACCUCCAGGGCACUUCACUUGCCAACCAGCCCUGAUCCGAAAGUCAGGGCCACGCUGGGUUGUUGCAGAGGAGGGGGGGCAUGCUGUUUUCUCUUGCUCUGGAGAUGGAGACCCAGCCCCCACUGUCUCCUGGAGGAGGCCUCAGGGGACUUGGCUGGGAAGGGCUGGGAGAGUAAGGGUCCUAGAGGAUGGGACGCUGGAGAUCCACACGGUACAGCUACAGGAUAGAGGGGCCUAUGUCUGCGUGGUCAGCAAUGUGGCUGGGAAUGACUCCCUGAGGACCUGGCUGGAAGUGAUCCAAGUUGAACCACCAAAUGGCACUCUCUCUGACCCCAACGGCACCAUGCCAGGGGUCCCAGGGCCUUUCUUCCUGGAUAGCAGAGGCAUAGCUAUGGUGCUAGCAGUCGGCUUCCUCCCUUUCCUCACCUCAGUGACACUCUGCUUUGGCCUCAUUGCCCUCUGGAGUAAGGGCAAAGGCCGGGUCAAACAUCACAUGACCUUUGACUUUGUGGCACCUCGGCCCUCUGGGGAUAAGAACUCUGGGGGUAACCGGGUCACUGCCAAACUCUUCUGACCUUUCCUUCCACACUGUGGACCCAACCAAGCGAGCUUCAGAUACAAAAGGGGAGGAGAACCAAGACCACUUGGACCAGAACCUAGUCUCAAGUUGCACAGAUCUCUCACACCUCCUGCCUGCAUCGUGCCAGCAGCUAAUGAUGCCUCCUGAGAGAGUCUGCCUCCUCGUGCUUUUGCAGUUUGAGGAUAAGCAUUGUCAUCUCUUCCCUGAGAGUCCAGGAAGCUGAAGACGUGGACCCUGUAGUCAA